GCAUGCUAUACACCCUAUUCCGUGGGGCGGAGUUCUAAAUGCCACCAAACCACGACCGAUGUGUCUACAGCCACCAUGUGGUAGAUUAGAUCCUCCUGGGAUGUGCCAAGAAAAUAUGUCGGAAAACUGUCAUUUUGUGAAUGUAUUUGUGCCGUUGAAUACCAGACAAGGAAAUAGAAAGACGGUGAUGGUAUUUAUACAUGGUGGAGAUUUUCAGUCCAUGUCUGGUGGUGCUCCUGCAUUUAAUGGGGAAUAUUUUGUCAAUAAAGGAGAUGUUAUAUUGGUAACGUUUAAUUACAGAUUAGGAGUAUUAGGAUUUCUAGUUACGGAGGAAGUGACGGGCAACUACGGUAUAACAGACCAGAGACUGGCGUUACAGUGGGUACAAAACAAUAUAGGCAGAUUCGGAGGCGAUAGAAGAAAUGUUACUCUCUUUGGCCAUGGCGCUGGUGCAGUUUCUGUCGCAAUACAUAUGACAUCACCAAAAUCUUUAGGACUCUUUCGAAAUGCAAUCCUUCAAAGUCUACCUUUUAGUUUACGUCUUAAGACUGUAGACCAAGCCAGGUUACAAGGACAGAAUUUCUCAACAAAAGCAGGUUGUUCAGAUAUAGAAUGUUUACGAAAAAAAUCACCAUGGGAUAUUUUAGAUGCUCAAGUUAAAACGAGUUUACCUUCUGGAACCGUGUUACAACGAUUACGGCCAUGGGGUCCACAUGUAGAUGGAAACGAUGUCGCAGGUGAUAUUCAAGCUGGCUUCCGGUUUGGCCGAGUACAUGAUAUACCCCUUCUCAUAGGGACAACAACAGCAGAUGGUGCCGACAUAGUCUUUAAAACCUAUCUCGAGCCAUUAAAUAGUGUCGCUUUUCGCACUAUUCUAGCAACACUUAAUCCCACUCAAGCUAGACUAUCGUAUACCUUAUACACUCCACGAUCAAAUGGCGAUACUAGGCGAGAGUUAACUCAGUUUAUCACAGAUUUUGUUUAUACGUGUCCUGCAAGAAGCUUUGCUUCUGACAUGACUCGUAUAAAUAAUACGUGGGUUUACGCUUUUGGUCGGAAUAUGGAUUUUUUAGCCGGAAGUGGAAAUUCUCCACAUUGCGCGAUCAGUGCGUGUCAUGGUUCAGAACUUGCCUAUUUAUUCCAGAAUAUUAAGGAUUUAGGAUAUAAUUUUACAAUGCCUGACAUGCAACUGUCAGACGAAAUCUUAAUUUAUUGGACUAAUUUUGCUAAGCUGAAUAAUCCUAACGGCAAUUUAGACACGACCGAACCGGGAAUGUUUAAUUGGUACCAAUAUACAGGUAUGCCGCCAGUUAUUCGAGCAGUUCUUGGUAUAGGGCACCCUCAGUCUUCAAUCCAAACUGAUUACAGGGGAAGGAUUUGUAAUAUGUUUGGUAGUAAUAACUUCAGGGCUUGAUGCUGAUAUGUAUUUAGUUUUAAUGCAAUAUACACCUAUUUAUUUAUAGUAAUCAAAUAAACA